UUGGGGUUCCCGCCUCCAUUUUUGGGGCGCCCGGAGCCGUUUUGUGUCCCCGUGACCUCAAUUGGCGCCUCGAUGACGUCAUCAACCCCCCCAGCCGGUUUUGGGGUGCCCGGACCGGUUUUGGGGUUUUUUAAUUUAUUUUUAGGAUCGACCUCGUUUUUUUUAGGGUUUUAAUUAAAGGUUUGGGGCUUUUAAUUAAAGUUGUUGGGGCGCUGAUGACGUCAUCAAGGUGGGGAUGAAAGGCUUGAGGCGAUGACGUCACCGCACCCCAAAAAUGCGGCCCCGCCCCCCAAAAAACCCCAGAGCGGCCGCGGCCGAAUUUGGGGUGAAACCGCUGCAGAUCAGUUUUGGGGCCAUGGGGCGUCUGUGCCGGCUGCCGCCGCCGGGGUCGCUCCAAGGGUCCCUCCCGGGGUCACCCCAAAAAUCACCCCAAAAAUCAGCCCCAAAAAUCACCCCAAAAAUCAGCCCAAGGGGCAGCGCCACCCCCGGCCCUGCUCCCCUCCCCCAGCCCAGCCGCCCUGCCCGCCGAUGACGUCACCGCUGACGUCAGCCCUCCCCGCUUACGUCAUUUGGCCGCGGCCGGCGCUGGUGACGCUCGGGGCGCCGCGGGUGGCGCUGCUGGGGGAGCCGCAGCCCCAAAUCCGCUGCUUUUAACCCCAAACCUCGCGGCUGCCACCCCCAAACGGAGCAUUUUUUUAGCCCCAAAAUUGGGAUUUUGUAGCCCAAAAAUUGGGAUUUUUAAAGCAAAAAAUUGGGAUUUUUUAGCCCAAAAUUUCGGAUUUUUUAGCCCCAAAAUUCGGAUGUUUUAGCCCCAAAUUGGGAUUUUUAAAAGCAAAAAUUGGGAUUUUUUAGCCCAAAAAUUGGGAUUUUUUAGCUCAAAAAUUCGGAUUUUUUAGCCC